AUGUUAAAUUUAGAAAUUUCUAAUGAUUUUCAUAAAUUUAUUAAAUCAAUUAAUGAAACUAAUUCUAAAUAUGGAUUAGAAAAAUUAAUAUAUAAUGAAAUAACAAAAUUAAAAUUAAGUUUUCAAAAUAAAAAUAUAACUAAAAAUGAAAUAUAUAAAAAUUUAUUAAAAUGUUUACAUAUUAAUAUGUUUGGUUUUAAUAUUAAAUUUGCUUAUAUACAUGCUAUUAAUUUAGCACAAGAUAAAGAUCUUAAAUAUAAAUCAUUAGGAUAUUUAUGUUGUACAUUAAUGUUACAAAAUAAUAAUGAUUUAAUUAUUUUAUUAAUUAAUACUAUACAAAAGGUACUCCGUUACGGUGCUUGGUCACACAGCCAACCACCCCUAAUAGCCCCUAAAGGGGCCUUCUAUAUAGAUUUGAAUAGUAAUAAUGUAAUGAAUAAAAUAAUAGUAUUGAAUAAUUUGAAUUAUUUAAUAAAUGAAGAAAUGUUGGAAAUAAUAUUACCAAUGAUAUUAAAUUGUUUAAUACAUGAAAAUGAACUUGUACGAAAAAAAACUAUAAUAUUAUUAACUAACAUUUUUCAACAAUUUCCAACACAUCUUAAUAAUAUACAUUCUAUUAUUGAAAGAGGAAUAUAUGAUAUAAAUCCUAGUGUAAUGAAUGUAACAUUAAUAUUAAUAAGAAUAAGUAUAAUAAAUGGAAUAAAAUUAAAUAAAGAAUUAUAUAUAAAUUUAUUAAUAAAUAUAUGGAAACAAAUAUUGGAUAAUAAAUUAAAUAAAACUUAUUAUUAUAAUAAAAUACCAGCACCAUUUAUACAAAUUAAUAUAAUAAAAUUAUUAACAAUAUUAUGUAAUAAUAUUUAUACAAGUAAUUUAAUAUAUAAUAUAUUAUAUAAAUUUACACAAUCUAUUGAAUCCAAUACUAUAACACACACUAACAAUAAUUUUACACAAAUUAAUAAUAAUUUAAAUAAUUUGGAAAAUAAUAAUAAUUUUAAUAAUUUAAAUAAUUUAAAUUGGAAAAAUAAUUGGAAGAAUAAUAGAAUAGAAAAAAAUGUGAAUAUAAUGUUAAUAUAUGAAUUUAUUAAAUUAUUAUCAAAUAUACAUAUUAAUAAUAUAUUAUUAUCAAUUUCUUCUAUAUAUAUUUCCAAAUUAUUGAAUAGUGAAGGUAUAAUAAUGUGUUAUAUGAGUAUAAUAUGUAUAAAUAAAUUAAUUGAUAAGAAAUUAAUAAUAAAUAUAGAAGAUCAAUUAAAAUUAUUAAAAUUAUUAACAAUAGAUGAUGAAAUUAUACAAAUAAAUAUAUUAAAAUUAUUAUUUAAAUUAAUUAAUAAAAAUAAUUUCAAACUUAUUUUUAAUACUAUUUUUAAACAUUAUAAUUCUCUUAAUUUUAAAUCUUUUAUUGAAUUUAAUAUUAUUAAUAUUUUUUCUUCCGAUACGGUGUCAGGUCCACCAGACAGUAUUACCACUACCACUGACGUUACUAAUACUAAUAGUACUAAUAGUACUACUAAUAACCUAACUACUACUGUGGAAACUACCACUGAGGAUAUUGGUACCAUUGGAGCAAGCACCGUUACGGAGGAAAAAAAUCCUAAUGAAAUUGCUGUUGUAACUAAAACUGGGGAGUCGGAUACUUUUAUGGAUACUCCUGGAAAGGGAGCUGAUUCUACCCUUAUGGAGUGUACUCCGGGAAAGGGAGCUAAUUCUACAGCUAUGGAGUGUACUAUGGGUAAUAUGGAUACUAAUAUUGAGGGAGUUGGUGUGGAUACUAAGGAAACCCCUUUCGGGGAUGGCCGUGAACCAGACACCGUAACGGAAGAAAAAUGGAAAAUAAAAAUAUUAAUAGAAUUAUUAAUAAAAAGUAAUAAUACAUUUUAUAUAUUAAAUAAUUUAAUAAAAUUAAUAAAAAAUAAUAAUAAAUUAAAUAUUAAUUGGUUAAUUAAUAAAUGUAUAAAAUUAUUAGCAGAAAAUAAUAUUAUAUUAUUAUUAAUAUAUUUAUUAACACAUAAAACACAAGAAUUAACUAAUGAAUUGAAUAAAUUAAUGGAAGAAGAAAUUUUGGAAGAAAAAUUAGAAAUGUUGGAAAAAAAUAUAGAAAUUUUGGAAAAAAAUAUGAAAUUUAAUAAUUUAAAAUUAUUUUGGAUAUUUAAUAAUUUACGUUAUAAUAUUACCUCCGAUACGGUGCUUGGUCACACGGAAAGUACAGUAGUACCUGGUACAAGUAAUACUAAGGAUAGUACUGGACCAAGCACCGUAACGGAGGAAAAAAAUCCUAAUGAAAUUGCUGUUGUAACUAAUUUUGGGGAGUCGGAUACUUUUUCUGAGGUAGAGGGAAAGGGAGCUAAUUUUACGGUUAUGGAGUGUACUAUGGGAAAGGGAGCUAAUUUUACGGUUAUGGAGUGUACUAUGGGAAAGGGAGCUAAUUUUACAGCCAUAGAGUGUACUACUACUACUAAGGAUAGUACUACUAAGGAUAUUGUUACUCCUGGAAAGGGAGCAAAAGUGGCCGUUGGACCAAGCACCGUAACGGGAGACACCGUAACGGAGUUAUAUAAUAAAUUAAUGGAAAAAAAUUGUAAAGAAUUAAAAAUGAAACAAAUAAUAAUAGAAAUUAAAAAUUUAAGAAAAUAUAAACCAAAAAUUACUAAUAAUAAAUUCUAUGAUAUUAAAUUAUCAUUUCUCAAUAAUUGGAUAGAAAAAGAUGAAAGAAGAUAUCAAAGAUAUGAAAGAAAUGAAAAGAUGGAAAUAAUUGAAGAACAGAAAUUAAAUUAUAAACCAUAUCAAUUAAUAAAUACAAUAUCUAAUAUAGAAAAUAUAGAAAAUAUUGAUAAAGAAGAAGAAAAAUUAAUAAUUAAUAUAAAAAAUAAAUCUUGGGGUCCUAAAGGUUAUAUUAAUAAUAAAGAACAAGAUAAUAAUACUAAGGAUAGUACUACUGAGGAGAAAAAUAUUAAUGAAAUUGCUGUUGUAACUAAUACUGGGGAGUCAGGUACUUUUACUGAGGUAGAGGGAAAGGGAGCUAAUUCUACAGCCACCGAGUGUACUAAGGAUAUUAGUAGUACUAGUAAGGAUACUGGUACAGUUGGAGCAAGCACCGUUAUGGAGAAAGAAUUAGCAAAAAAAUUAUUUCAAAAUAUUAGUUAA